AUGGAAGCUCUCCAGAGCGGUGACUCGUCCCUGCAGAUCAUGUCUUUCGUCGCCGACCAAGAGGUCCUGGCCGAUACUGCCACCGAAAACUUCCGGAUCAAGUGCGUCCAGGCCAACUACGACUUUCGACCCCCACUGGGAACGUGGUAA